UCUGUCCUUUCUGUCAAUGAAAAAGACAUAGGGUUUGAUGUUCUUCCCGAAACGGGGCUGGCUAAUUUAGCCCCUCCCACCAACCCAAGGUCUGUUAUAUCUCUGAUCCUUGAGUACCUCUCUCACAGAAACGGACCACAGCAAGCAGAAGCUGGAAAAACAAAAACCAAAACGUGGAAAGAGGAACAAAAGCUGCUACUUAUGGAAGAUAUAAAGGAUUCUGAAGUGAAGAGAUUUUGCUCCAAAAACAUCCUGGUCAUCCUUGGCUUCUCCUCUAUCAUAGCCGUGAUAGCUUUGAUUGCUGUGGGCAUGACCCAGAACAAACCACUGCCAGAAAAUGUUAAGUAUGGGAUUGUACUGGAUGCAGGUUCUUCUCACACAAGUUUGUACAUCUAUAAGUGGCCAGCUGAAAAGGAGAAUGACACAGGGGUGGUGCAUCAGAUAGAAGAAUGUAAAGUAAAAGGCCCUGGAAUCUCAAAAUAUAUCAAUAAAUCAAAUGAAAUAGACACAUACCUGACUGAGUGCAUGGAAAGGUCUAAGAAAGUGAUCCCAAGUUCCCAGCACCAAGAGACACCUGUUUAUCUGGGAGCCACGGCAGGCAUGCGGUUACUCAGAAUGGAAAGUGAACAAUCGGCAGAAAGGGUCCUGGAUGCAGUAUCAAGGAGCCUUAGCAACUACCCCUUUGACUUCCAGGGUGCCAGGAUCAUCACUGGCCAGGAGGAAGGUGCUUAUGGAUGGAUUACUAUCAACUAUCUGCUGGGCAAAUUCACUCAGACAUUCAGUUGGCUCAGCUUUGUCUCACAUGAUAACUAUGGUGAUGAAACUUACGGCGCCUUGGACCUUGGGGGCGCUUCCACACAAAUCACUUUUGUGCCCCUAAACUACAGUAUGGAGUCCCCAGAAAACUCUCUACAAUUUCGCCUCUAUGGCAAGGACUACCUUGUAUAUACACACAGCUUCUUGUGCUAUGGGAAAGAUCAAGCGCUCUGGCAGAAACUGGCCAAGGACAUUCAGGUUUCAAGCAACGGAAUUCUCAGGGACCCAUGCUUUCACCCUGGAUAUGAGAAGGUAGUGAAUGUGAGUGAACUUUACAAGACUCCCUGUACCAAGAGAUUCGAGAAGACUCUGCCAUUUGAUAAGUUGCAAAUCCAGGGUACUGGAGACUAUCAAAAAUGCAAAGAAAGCAUCCUUGAUCUCUUCAACACCAGUUACUGUCCUUACUCCCAGUGUGCCUUCAAUGGGAUUUUCUUGCCACCACUCCAAGGCAGUUUUGGGGCAUUUUCAGCUUUCUAUUUUGUGAUGGACUUUUUAAACUUGACAUCAGAAAAAGUCUCAUCUCAGGAAAAGAUGACUGAGAUAAUGGCAAAUUUCUGCUCCAGGCCUUGGGAGGAGAUAAGAACAUCUUUUGCUGAAGUAAAGGAGAAGUACCUGAGUGAAUACUGUUUUUCCGGUGUCUAUAUUCUCUCCCUUCUUCUGCAAGGCUAUCAUUUCUCAAACGAUUCCUGGGAACAAAUUCACUUUAUGGGCAAGAUCCAGGGCAGCAAUGCUGGGUGGACUUUGGGCUACAUGCUGAACCUGACCAACAUGAUCCCAGCUGAACAGCCGUCAUCUGCACGUCUCCCUCACUCCAUCUACAUCUUCCUCAUGGUCCUCUUCUCCCUGAUCUUGGUUGCAGUGAUCAUCACAGGCUUGUUUAUUUGUAACAAGCCUUCAUAUUUCUGGAAAGAAAUGGUAUAGCAGAAGUAGCUGAAAUCUGCUGGCUGGAGUGAGAAAAGAACUUGCCCAGGGAGCACAUUCCUCCAGGCAGCAGUGUACAAGAUCAUCCUUACUUGUUUGCCAGGGCCAGUCUAGAUCAGCAUGAUGCUUCCUUGGCUUUGGCUGAAACCUUUCCUUGAAAGGUAUUUCACUACCCUCUGCCUCAAGGACUUACUAGCAGAGACUGUCCCUUGUGUCUUUCCUAGCUCUUUCUGUUUUGUCCUCUGUACUUGUGUAGGUUAAAGACCUGCCACCUUUCAUGAUUUUUGCUUUAUAAAAGACCAGUAUUGACUUGUCUGAAAGAACAGAGUCCUGAGUCCUGUACUGGGAAUUUGAGCUGGCUAAAAGAAGAAUCUCAGGAAUUGGCUCAGUUAUUCUCUUUUAAGAAUCCCUCUCUCCUUCCUUCCUCCUACUUAUUAAGAAAGCCAUACAAUGCCUUUGGAGAGAGCAGACACAUAAACUAUUCCCAGCCUGCCCUUUGGGUAGUAGAAUUUUCUAGUAUAGGUAAAUAUGUGCUAAGGCCAAAGAGUUUUUGCAAGGGAAUGUAUUGCUUAUGCACUUCAUAUAAUUCUUAAUCCCCUUAAAAUAGGGAUGUGAAUGAGCCACAUACACCUGGGUGAUGUCAAAAUACUACCAAGUAGAACACUCAGACCGGAGACUUUUUUAAAAAGCAGAUGCACAUGUAGACAUUCACGUAUCAGGGGACACUGUGGUAGGUAUGUACAUGUUAGGAAAAAAAAUACAGUUACAACUCAGGGUUGGGAAAAUGCAUCCUCCAAUGCAUUUUUUUGAAUUUUGUUUUAUUAUGUUAAAAUAUACACAUCAAUGUCACCAUCUUAACAUUCAGUACAAUUUAGUGGCAUUUAGUUGCACGAACAUCACUACUUUGUUUCAUUAGCAUUUAAUCACCUGGAAGUUGGCUAGGGACAAGACCAUCCUUUUAGGUCUGCUCAAACCACAAAUCUUCCUGUUGACAGCUAACUGUGUUAACCAACUGUACCACAAAGAUGGCCCACUGAGUUUUAAAACCAGUCCACAUCUUAUUGUCCCAAGAUUAAUUUAAUUCCAGGGUGGCAUUAGUGUGGAGUGGCAAUGCUGUUGCCCUGUCAUGGUAUUUACACAUUAAAAUAUGUUAGGAAUGAAGUCUGAAAGUGUUGCCAUCUCUGUCAUACAAAUAUUGGUUUCAUUUACUUAUUUCAUAGACUAUUUUGUGGGAGAAGUGGCUAUAAACUUCAUCAUGGAAACAAAAAGAGACCCAGUACCUUUCCUUUAAAGACUGCUAUGAUAUUUAACCUGUUGAGUAGGAUUGAGUGGUGAUACUAUACUCACCUUAACCCAACCUGUUUAUCCAUUUCUGGGUCUGGGGACUGAGUGUCGAGCUGAUGGGAAAAGCAAAGCUCUCCACAAACUAGAAGCCAAAUGUCCCUGUGUCUCUUGAAUAAUCAAGCCAUUUUUAAAAAUAAAAGUUGGGUGAAUAUAAACAAUAAACUUUCUUUUCUGUUAUUCACAAUUAAAUUUACUGGGCCUUGAUUAGGAAUCAGAAACCAAACUGGAGUAUAUUCAAACUCUCCUUCUGGUGGCAGUUGGCACAUUAAUACAGCUGCUGUGUGCUCAGGUACAUUGGGCUCAUUUUCUCAUUUCAUUCUCACAGCAGUCUGAAGAAUGUACACAUACCACUCUCAAUGCCCAUGGCAACACUGAAACUCAAGUCUUCUGCCCUAAGUCUACUGUUUUUUUCUUUUCUAAACACUUCCUCUCAGCAAACUGGAGUUAGAAUUUACGAGUUUCCUUCAGAAAACACAAAUCUUUUCUUAUUCCAUUUCCACCUUGUUGUCGAAGUCUGAAAAAAACUCUUAAGGUAUUUGGGAGUCAAUAUCCACUUGUCAAAAUUUCAAACUAUGAAGAUCAUUAGCAGGACAACCUAAUCUCAAUUGUAUUGGAGGGAAGGUUGAUUUUGAGGUAAAUCCAGGAAUCUGCUUUAGGCUAUGCUGGGUGGACUAGGCCACAUAAGAUGGGUCACUAUCAAUUAAUUUUAAUAUUGGAUUGCCCACUGGUUAUAAUUGAUUACAAUCCAUUCCUGGUCUUUCACCCAGGACUCAAAACUUGGUUCUGGUAACCCUAUUCCUUCAUAAGGUCAGGAAAAUACUUUCUAUGAACCUACAGGGGAAAGAAAUCAGCAGAAAUGGUUACAUCUGUAGACAAAGAAUGAACCUACUUAAUUAGGCUGUGUGUGUGUGUGUGUGUGUGUGUGUGUGUGUGUGAA